AUGCUCAGUGUAAACACGUCAUCGACAGAGCAAAAGGAGGGGGAGAAGUGGUCCGCCAAUGUAAACCAGCCAAUCACAUCGCAAGGACACAUAAUCGCACUGACCAAUCACAGGGCGUCCGACCUGAGUCAGACGGAACCGCAAUUGGCAAGUAACGAAACAACCUGUACCCGGAAUUCCGACAAUACGAUCAAACCAAUAAAAGAGAAUAAUGCGGUGAAUCACACACAACCCUUGUCUACCUUUGUUAAUUGUAGUGCGCAACUGCUUACCCUGGUAACGGAAAACGGUUAUUUUCCAGCAGGAACCACACUCACCACGGUCGACCAUAUUUACAAUGUACAUACGUUUCCCUGUUCACAACAUACGACCUCCGAUGUUACGAAACUGUCGCUCACUAAGAACACAUGCAAUCAAGUAGAUGGGCACCCUCAACCUAUCAGUGGUUCCUCACUAGUUAGCAUUCCUGUGAUCCCACCGUCCCCGUACGACGUUGCCAGUACACGCGUUGUCUAUCCGUCUGCAGCGAGUGAUACAAACAGCACUUGUGGGACCCGGCGACAUUUCAGGCGGCGUGUUGCAAAUUAUCACCAGAAUCAGCGACAUCACUCACAUCACAGUCAACCGAGACCGGUGAAUCUGUUGAAUCGUGUGACAAAGAUGCGACCCAAUUCAGACACUCAGAAUGGAACGAUUAUUUGGAAAAAUGGAACAAAUCGAAAUACAGCUUCGUUGUCGCCACCCGUUCGUUGCAGCUCGGGUACAUCUGAUUUGGGCCCCUCUGAUAGCGGAAACCCAACAGAUGUUGUCGAGCGACGUGCUACUUCAGUCGGACCUCCAACGCUACACACAGGAAAUCAGAAAGAUACCAAGUCAGGUGGAUCUAGCGAUCCGCUACAAAGUCCAUCCGGCGGCGAAUCAUUGGAUGUACUAUCUGUGGACUGUAUGGUCAAUGCAUGGGCUCAUGUGGAUUCUGGCCAACCAAAUAGAACUUUAUCAAAUCCAUUGAUGCAUACCAGUCAGACAGCAACUGCGUCCGAUUUACCAGGGGUUACGGAAUUCAGUCAAUCGGUCCCGGACAAGACUUGCGCAAUCCGAUCCAGAUCACACCAUCAAUUGAUGCCAUGUGACUUUAAUGAAUCAAUUGAGCUGCGCACCUCAAGUGCUAUGACCAAUAAGGGAGUUUUUAUUGGCCCGUUGAAUCACCUGUCCGCGUCUAACCCCACGCCGCCUUGUUCCAACACGUUUUGUGCGUCGUGUGAAUGGCAAUCGCCCGGCUCAAAUGAACGUGCCUUCACCGUGCUUGACCGGUGGUAUCAACGAUACUACACAAUUUCGAGGAAUCCGGAUCAAUGUGCGACCAAAAUGCUCCGGUCUCCGAUCAGUGUGCUAGCACCUUGUAAAGGUGAGUAG